GCUAGUUACUGUGUCAAGUAACGUGGUACGCUGCAAGAAUAAGCAAGCGAGAAAAAAAGGAAUAUUGCUGCCUUGCACUCACUGAACGUUAAGUUCGUACAUUUCCAUAGUAACCAGAAUUUUCGUAAAUGUAAAGUGUUUGGAGGAGACGCGGUCAGAAAGACGAUUACAGGAUAGUUUUCUAUCACAAGUAAGGCGUAGAAUGACAUUUUUACGAUAUUGUAAAAUUAAGAAAUAUAAUUUUCUGUUUUUGUUUUUUUGAGACCUGACAGAAACAAAGACAAAACCUGGAAUUUUAAACUUAAAAUUGUCGCUGCGUUGUUAGCAGACUAUUUUACCUUUACGUAUUAUAAACACUACACGAAAGAAAUGUUUCACCGGUAGUUUCAACAGUGUCGUCUUGUUAAGGAAAACAAGCACAAACAACAUCUGUUAGCAGAUCGAUUGUCAUAAAUUAAUUUGUUUUCAUGCAAAACUUGUAGCUGCAGAAAUGGUUAGAAUGCGCUUUGUUGUAUUAUUUUUUUUAAUUCAGUGAUAAAUAAAGCGGAGCAUUUCAUUAUUUGCUGUGUAAAAGCUAAACGUACGGUACUUUUAUAUUUAAGUGUAAACAUAAGCAUGCUCAAAUGCAGCUGUGGUCAAGCAAAAUCGAUUUUACAAUCGCUAUUGCAAUUGAGCUUGUUAGAAAAAUAAGUAUAUAAAUAUUUUACAAAAAUGAUAAGAAAACUAAACACGUCAAGCGCUGGUGUUUAUUAAAACGAAAUACAAUUUAAUUGCAGGAGCGCAUGAUGCAAAACUUAAAACGAAAUACAAUUAUUACUUUGACACCAAAUCUGCAAACAUAAUGAUAAAGUGCUUAUCAAAGGAAGUGCAGGCAAAACUCCGCUCUGGCAUUGCCAUCCUCUCAUUGAGCCAGUGUGUAGAGGAGCUUCUGUUGAACAGCAUCGAUGCUGCUGCGACUUGCGUGGCUGUCAGGGUGGAUAUCGAGGCCUGCAGAAUCCAAGUUUUGGACAGUGGGUUCGGUAUGGACAGGGAGGACAUGGAGAGUGUGGGAAACCGGUAUUUUACAAGCAAGUGCAGUACUGUGGAAGAUCUGGAAAACCUGAGGUUUUAUGGUUUCAGAGGGGAGGCUAUUGCAAGCAUAGCUAAUGUGGCCAAGCUAGUGGAAAUUUCAUCCAGAACCAGCAAGUCUGCUAAAACCUUUGGUAAAGUAUUCAAGGAUGGCAAGCCGUUGGAUGUCUAUGAAGCUGAAACCACCAGACCAAGCUCAGGCACGACAGUUGUGAUCUGCAGUUUGUUUUAUAACCUGCCGGUACGGAGAAAAAGCAUGAAUUCGAUUCUGGAAUGUGAACGGAUAAGGCAGAGGAUAGAAGCAAUCUCUCUUAUGCAUCCCUCUGUUUCAUUCACAUUGAAAAAUGAUUCCACUGGAUCAAUGGUAGUCCAGCUGUCUAAGUCAAAAAGCAGUUAUUACAGGUUUACCCAAAUAUAUGGACUGGGAAAAUCUCAAAAACUUAGAGAGAUCAGCUAUUCCUACAAGCAGUUUGAAAUGAGUGGGUAUAUCAGUUGUGAGGGUCACUAUAACAGCAGCAUGCAGUUUUUAUAUGUAAACAGUCGACUGGUUUUAAAAACAAAGCUCCAUAAAUUAAUAAAUUUCUUAUUGAAGAAAGUGAGUGUUGUCUGCAAGCAGAAAGACAGCUCAAAAAUGAUCACUGCUCCUGCAAGUCCUUCUAGGCACAGGACUAGUUCAGAGUUGCAGGGGGUGUAUGUUAUUAAUAUUAAAUGCCAUUACUCAGAGUAUGAUGUAUGCAUUGAACCUGCAAAAACCUUAAUUGAGUUUAGAGACUGGGAUGGUGUGUUAGUCUGUGUCCAGGAAGGAGUCAAGAAAUUCCUGACCAGGGAGAAUUUGGUGGCGGAGAUAUCAAGUGAUGACAUAAAGGAGUUUAUAGAGGAAGGGAACAUUACAAUGCAAGCCACCAGCGCUAAUAGCAAUGCUUGCGAGGAAAACGGCAUAGUGGGAAAUUGUAAGUCUGCAUGUGAGAAAAUUAUAGAACCAUACAAUAUAAAAACACUGCGAUCUAAAGCUGUUCAUAGGCCACUAGUAUUUGAUUCUGAAGUUACUGGAAGUUCCGGUAGUGAAAAUGUGUCCAGUACUAAUGGCUUAAAGGAAAAUAUUCCUUUACUUCAGGAUAGAACAAUCUCCAGGUCUGCUGUCACAGAUGACAACAGCUCAUCUGCCUCAAAUGUGCAAAGUUUAGAAAAAGAGAUCAUUACAAAUGAGCUUGCUAAAGUGUCAGAAAUCCCAGGACUUUGUGAAACGUCAGAUAUCAAGAAUAACCGUUUUGAAGAGUGCAGUAGUGUAACCAAAUUGAAAACGAUUCUGUGUAUAGAAAGCUCUGAAGAUAACACUACAGUGAAACAGUUUGAAAGCCAGGAUAGUAUACUGAUGGACAAUAACAAAGAAACUGAGGAAAACAUAGACCUCGAUCCUGCCCUUCAUGUAGAGGAUACCACAGCCUGCAAACAGAGUGAGGUAAUACAACUUGAGAAGCACAACUCGGCUCCGCAAACAGACAAAGCAAUUAACACAGAAUCAGUGAGGCCAAAACUGGGUACAACGGGGUUCAUACGUCAUGUGAUACCAAAACCAGAAAGGAAUGAAAAUGACAAGAAAAACCAUGAGGGGCUGGUGAGGUUUUGUCACCAUGGUCCUGUUAGUGCCCAGGAUAUAGUCAAAGAAAAACAGCACAAUCUGGAACAAAAUACAUGCUUGCCUAAGCAGCAAUGUUGUACAUUAACUAUGCAGCAUGCAAAGCAAUCUAGCAGUGAAGACUGGAGGACACUUUUCAGUUCCAGAGGAGAUGCAUUUAGAAACUGUGUAGAUAGUAAUAAACAAUCAGAUGAGUCAAACCGGAAGAUUACAUUAUCUAACAGUUUAAAAACAGUGGAGGAUUUCAAAGGUUCUAUGGACACAACGGUUGGGUUAUCAACAGGAUCCAAAACCAAACAACCUAGUAAACUGUGCCUGCCUAUAAGAAUAGGAUCCUUGGAUAGGUUUAGAAGGACAUAUGGAAGAACCUGUCCUUCUGCAGUUCAAUACUCCUGUCAAGAUAGUAACAACAAUUUAAGUACAGCAGCUGCCAAUAAUCCUGCUGAAGCAAAGCGAGGUGCCUCCACUAGUAGUGAAGAGGGCAGCUGUAGUAGAUUUAAUAACUCUUCAAAGAACUGGGAAAGGAAUGAUUACACUACAGAAGAGAAUGCCAUUACUCUUUCCAAUUACACGCAAAUAAAGAAAGCAUCACUAAAUACCAGCAAGCCACACAGGUCCCUUGCUACAAAACUGUCGAAGUUGAAGGGUUAUCGUAAGAACGAUGCAAAGGUGCAGCCUGGGGGAGGCAUUAGUAUCAAUGGUGCCCAAAAGAAUAGUGCAGAUCUCCGGCUUACGCAUAGUAAUAACAGCAAUGCAGAAACACCGCCCCAAAUGUCACCCAAUAAAAAAACCCAAGUAACUAAUAAUUGUUUGAAGGGAUGUGAGAGUGGAGAGAAUAACAGUGAACAAAAUGCCACAGGAACUGUAGAUUUUGAUGGCAACCAAAAAGAAGGCACUGUAAUAAGUGCAACAUAUUUGCAUCCUGAUAGUGGGUACAAAGGAUCUACAUUGAGUUCUCCCAGCCAGUCAGAUGACGCAGCUCAGUGUCAUUAUUGCAAAGAGAUUUCUUCUGAAGCUACUUUCAGCAGUCCAGAAAAAGCGAAAGAAUGCAGUGAUUUUGCCACUUGUAAGGCCAGGUUUGAGGAUGCGUCGAAAAAGAAGGAAAUCCCAAGUACCACACAGAGUUCCUCUGAUUGGCUAGAGCACUUUGAUGUGUCUGUGGGAAGGAUGGCUUACAUAAACACAGUGACAGGACUCAGCAAAUAUGUGGCUCCCCCAGAAGAAGAGACCCAAGCGAUCUGUAGCACAGACCUAACAACAAUGGCGGUGAACGUCGUCUCUGAAAAAGAUGAUUCUGAAGCCGCUGAGUUUGUUCGUACUCUGUUUUCUGAGUGGGAGAACCCAGUGUUUGUUCGACAUCCUGAGGUUGCUCUCGAUGUGAGCAGUGGGCAGGCUGAAGGUUUGGCUGUGAAGAUCCACAACAUUCUCUAUCCCUAUCGCUUCACCAAGGAAAUGAUCAAUUCCAUGGAGGUUGUUCAGCAAGUGGAUAAUAAAUUCAUUGCCUGUCUGAUUAACACAAGAUCUCAAGAGGACACAAACAAAGAGGGCAACCUCCUGGUCUUGGUGGAUCAGCAUGCAGCUCACGAAAGAGUCAGACUUGAAAAGCUUGUAACAGAUUCAUACGAAACCCACUCUGAAGCGUCAGGACCGAAGAGGCUGUGUUCCUCCACGGUGUGUCCUCCACUGGAGAUUGACAUGACUGAGGAGGAGCUGAGACUGUUGCGUUCAUGCCAGACUUUCCUGAAAGAGCUGGCACUGGAGAUGUCGUUUGCUGAAAGGGAGGACUCAAAGGUUUUAGUUGGGAAAGUGCCUGUGUGUUUUAUAGAGAGAGAAGCCAGCGAGCUUCGCCGGGGCAGACAGACUGUCACUAAAGCCAUUGUUGAGGAAUAUUUACGAGAACAGAUAGAGUUAAUCCAAUCGACAGGCCGGGUGCAAGGGACCCUGCCCCUGACAGUCCUCAAAGUCCUAGCUUCCCAAGCCUGCCAUGGAGCUAUCAAGUUUAAUGACAGCCUGAGUAUGGAAGAGUGCUGCAGAUUAAUUGAGUCCCUUUCGGUGUGUCAGCUGCCUUUCCAGUGUGCUCAUGGUAGACCAUCAAUGCUUCCUCUGGUAGACCUGGAUCACUUAGAAAUGGAAAAGCAGGACCCCCCAAAACCAAAUCUAAUGAAACUGAGGAAGCUACGUCGAGCAUGGGAACUGUAUGGAAAGCAGUAAUGUGUUUUGCGGUCAGUGCUUGCACAUCUAUUUCAUAGUUUCUCCUUUUAUGAGCAAUGCAAAUGCUUGACUCUGUAUUUAU